CGCGGAGAGGGUCGAUUGAUUUUCUCUUUGUAUCUCUUCCGUCCCGUCCCUGUAGACAGACUGCUCGGUGUGGUGAAGGCAUGGUGAAAGCUUCAGGUGGGAAGCGAAAGUGUCUGCCUCCUCCGACCCUGGAAAGCGGGCCUCAGUCCAGAAAUUUACCAGGCGAAGUAGAAAAGGAGCUUCUGGAGGGGUUACUACAUCCCCACACCAAAGUUACUGAUGAAGAUAAAAAAAUAGGUCAAGGGGACACCCCGCCGCUCAUCCAUCACGAGGCACACAGUGAAAGGGAUGUUUGUCAUUUUGCAGGGUUGAUUGGAUUGAGAAUAUCCAUUUUAGUCUUUGAUUGAACAGUACAUGUCUUGGCUUGUAGUUGCUAAAUUCAUUGAUUGAAUAGUAGAUCGAUUAUGUACAGUGACCUUCCCACGGGCUUCCUAUUUUGUCCAUGGAUGAACAGGGGAAGGUCACAAAUCCUCCUCUAUAAAUAUGAUGAUAUUGG